AUGGAUAUGUUGUCCAAGAAAAUGUCUCAAUUAGCAACUUCGUUGAGCGAGCCGAGGGGACACGAGGGAAGGAUACCAGCCUCAGUAAAACCACCUGACCGGGCAAACAUCAGUCAGAUCACUCUAAGGUCAGGACGAGGCUAUGAAGGUCCCAUGAUGAAGGAUGAUGAGAGUGUGCCUCCUAUGACAAGCAAGGAGGAUGAAAAACUUACCCCUGACCAGAGGGAUACUGAGAUAAGAAGCACCAGAGUAGAAGAUGACCUCCAAAGGGAUGAUUUGGAGAAGCCGCUACCUCGUAUGGCUGAUCCAUUCUUCCUAGAACCAGAACCAGAGGUGGAGAGUGAAGAAACAAGGAAAGAAACUGGAGAACCCUCAGCUGGGGGGUCAGUAGGAACAGCUCUAAAGCUGCCCACUUUCAGCAAAUUCAUCAAGGAGUUCACAGCUGGGAAAACCAAACCCGAUGGGAAGAUAGUGAUUGGAGAAAACGUUUUGGUUGUGAUACAGAAGAAGAGAAUGCCUUCAAAAUGCACAGACCCAGGGGUAAGUUUGGUUGACACAAAAGUGGUAAUUCAGUUGGCCGAUAGAACAUGCAUUUCACCCGAAGGUGUGCUGGAGAAUGUGAUAGUUAAAGUGCAUGAUUUCCUGUACCCAGCUGAUUUCCAUGUGAUAAAAAUGAGUGAGAAUGAAUCUGCUGAGUCUAGCGGAGUGCUUUUAGGUAGACCCUUUUUACGCACCGCUAAGACUAUAAUCGAUGUGUUUGAUGGAUCCAUAUGUCUGGACUAUCAUGGGGAGAAAUACACCUUUAGCAUUGAUGAAGCUAUGAAAAAACCACUGGAUGUUGAAAAUUUGCAUGAACAGUUCAACAAUUCAGAGUUGAGUCACUCUAUUGACAAGGAGGUAGCAGGGUGGUGUGAAACCCUAUUGACUCGGGACUUGACAGACGAGCAGAUCAAUGAAGCGAUCAUGGCAUUCUGCCACCAACCACUAUCAUUCGAAUCAACUUGCUCUGUUCAAGCAAAAGGCCCAGACGAGGCAACCGAUUUUGGGGAAAUGGCAACCAGGAUCUUGGAAAAGAAUCCUUUGCCUCAGGAAGCCAUCACACCUAAGAAGGAGCUGAAGAUAUUGUCCGAGAGUCUAAAGUAUGCCUACCUUGGAGAGGAUGAAACUUUCCCGAUGAUAAUAAACAGCCACUUGACAGAGGAACAGGAGACUGAGUUGCUGGAGGUAAUCAGAAGGAACAAGAAGGCCAUAGGAUGGACUCUCUCAGACCUGGUAGGAAUCAGCCCUGAUCUUUGUAUGCACCACAUCAGACUGGAAGAAGGCGCAAAGGCCCAUAGAGAUCCACAGCGAAAGCUGAAUCCGAACAUGAGGGAAGAAGUUCUGAAGGAAGUCCUGAAACUGUUGUCCUUGGGUAUUAUUUACUCCAUUCCAGAUAGUGAAUGGGUUAGCCCAGUUCACAUGGUGCCUAAGAAGUCAGGGAUACAGGUGAUCAAGAACGAUAAAAAUGAAUUGGUACCGACUCGGUUGGUGACUGGAUGGAGAAUGUGCAUUGACUACCGGAAGCUUAACGAAGCCACUAGGAAGGAUCAUUUUCCUUUGCCCUUCAUCGACCAGAUGUUGGAAAGAUUGGCUGGGAAGCAGUACUUUUGCUUCCUUGACGGAUACAGUCGAUACUUCCAGAUAUAUGUGGAUCCUGAAGACCAAGAGAAGACAAUCUUUACCUAUCUACUGGAAGUGUGCAUUGAGAUUUUUAUGGAUGAUUUCACUGUGUAUGGGAAUUCCUUCGAUUCUUGUUUAGCCAAUCUAGAUCUGGUACUGAGAAGAUGUCAGGAGAAGAAUUUGGUCCUAAAUUUUGAGAAAUGUCAUUUCAUGGUGCCAGAAGGAAUAGUCCUAGGUCAUGUGGUCUCGGAGAGAGGGUCGAAGGUGAUAGUCUACACUGAUCACGCAGCCAUUAAAUAUCUCCUGGCCAAGAAAGAGUCCAAACCAAGGUUGAUCAAGUGGGUGCUACUACUGCAAGAAUUCGACUGGGAGGUAAAAGAUAAAAAGGGCACAGAGAACAAGAUCGCAGAUCAUCUAAGUCGAAUAUUUCAAGGGGACACGGACGAAGCCAUACCUGAUACCUUCCCCGAGGAACAUCUUUACUAUCUGGGGAAAUCUGCUAGACCUAUUAACUGGGAAACAGUGUUGGUAGUGACGGGUCCAGGAACAUCAGACAAAGGGAAAUAUCCUAUGAAUACAGAACUAUAG